ACGUACUAAAUCUACAGUUCGUGUUUCAUUUUUGAUCUUACACUAGUCAGUUGUAGAAUAAACCAUGGACGUAAUGUGGUACUAUUAUAUCGGUGUGAUUGUCUUGAUAGUUUUGUGGUUUCUGGCCAUUCUGAUAUUUUCUGAACAGAUUCGAAAAUCGGUAUUCGCCGAGUUUUUCACCUGUAGACUGAUCAAUCUGUGGAAUGAAAGCAUGUUUUUAACCUCCAAGUAUUACCAAUUGGAAAAAUUCAGUGAACUAAAAUCGGAAGCUCCAGAUGGACAAUUGAAAGUGCUGGAAGUGGGUGUUGGCGAAGGUACAAAUUUCGAACUGUAUCCCCCGAAUUGUAAACUAACUGGCUUCGAGUACAACGAAUAUUUUAAGAAAAAGUUCACCGAAAAUGUGAAAAAAUUUUCGAAGAUUAAACUCGAGAAGUUUGUUAACGGAUUUGUAGAGGACAUGCAUGUGUUCAAAGACAAUACUUUUGACGUAGUUCUCUGUACCCAUGUAUUGUGCAGUGUUUCCGACGUUCCGGCGGGUCUGAAAGAAAUUAAAAGGGUGCUAAAAGAGGGUGGCAAAUUUUUCUUUAUCGAGCACGUUGCCUACGAACCACUUUGUUUAGGUAAUGAGUUUUGGACAGCGGUACAAGGUCUUUUGGAACCGAUAUGGAAAAUCAUUAUGGGUGGAUGCUGUUUGAGAAAGUCAACGUGGGUCGAUCUAGAGAAGGCCGGCUUCAGUACGGUGACUAUAACACGAGAAUAUUCGCCAAGAUUACCAGCCAUUUUACGGCCACACAUUUGGGGAUGUGCAGUGAAAUAAUUUAAUUAAAAUAAAAAGAAAAGUGAAACGAA